AUGCCUGGCGUUCCCACAUCCAGAGCAUGCCAGCGGUGCAAAACCAGAAAAAUAAAGUGUGAUCAGAAAUGGCCCACCUGUACACCUUGCGAGCUCAAGAAUUUUGAGUGUCCGGGAGCUUCAUCCCUGAUAAAGUUCGUUGACGGUGGUCCACAGAGUCGCCGUGAGGCUUCGUCUCGCAUGCCCUCUCCAACUAACAGCAACUCAUCCAGUGGCGGGAGCCCUCCCGGGAAAGAAGAAGGGUCCAUGUCCUCUGAGCGCAGGGGUUACACCGCCAUGCCUCCGUCCUCCCCUUCUGUUCCUCGAACCAAACCGACAACUGUUGCAGACCGCGUUGCAAGCCGGUUAGUCGCCCAGUUGGAGUCAUGCCCAGAGUUGGUCAAGGUGUUUCAGAUGGGGUACCUCAAGUAUCUCCCUCCUUUGUUGUCACGGAGCCCAAGUCUUCGCGACACAGUGUCACUGUUCUGCACCGCUUGGGCGGGAUAUCGCCGGCGACAGCCAGUGGGAGACUUCAUGUCCAUGGAGGCAUAUGGAAAGGCAUUACGAAGCUUGCGCCGGUGCCUAGAUGGAGACAAAACAUGCAGCAUGGAGACACUGGCAGCCAUUACGCUCAUUGAACGAUCAGAAGCUCUUUUUGAUCGCGAGAGAAAACCGUUCCAGAUAUCCCACACUGAAGGGAUCCUGGGGUUGAUUCAACGCCAAGGCCCGCCGAACCGGGAGGACAAACUAUAUUCUGGUCUUAUAUUCGAUAAUAUGGCAGGCUUGAUUACAUAUUGGUUUGCGAAAGACGGACACAAUUUCUUAGUUGACUCGCCGUGGAGAGAAGCAAUCGAGGAUACAGCAGCCGAGUUUCUGGAACCAAAAAUCAAGCAAUCCGCCAUGGCGGCAGUGAGUUUCACAAGCACACUGUACGCGCGGUGGCCUCGGUAUAUCAGGGGCGCGCAAACUAUCUUUACCGAUCCCAUUCCCAGCCAAGAGCUUCAACUAUUUACCAUGGCAUUCAUCGAUGAACUGAACGAAUCCGAGGUCGAGGCCCGCUUCAUAUUCGAGGACGUCAUGUCCAAGGCCUUUGAACUAGGGGAGAUUCGAGAACUACCAGACUCGGCGGCUAUUUCAGGCCGUAGUUAUCAUUUAACAGCCGUCUUCUUCGGGCAGUCCCUCUUGGAGCUACUCUGGCUACGGCUAGCUCUGCUCCGGAUGCUCUAUGAACUGACAGUCCUCAGAAACCUAGCUCAGGCGCAGGUAUAUGGGGCGGAGUAUCGGGCAUUGUGCCUCGAGACGUGGAAGUUUAUCCCAUUCGUGUAUGGGCUGGAUCCCUUGAUUGCGACAUGGUCACUUACACCGCUCACACUGGCGUUUGAAGGGGCCGAAGGGUUUGAGAGAGAGUACCUCCUGAACAUGGUCAUCGAGGUGGACAGCUACAGGCAGAGCUUCCCUCGCGAUCAUGAGCUUCUGGCAUCGACCUUAGUACAUCACGCGAUGAUGCUGACAGGCAGGUUGCCAUGGCCCUGA